GGCAUUCGCCUCAACAUGAUUGAAGCUACAUAUUUGUCAUGUUAAUUGAUCCUUUUUAAGCCCCUUUUUUUUUUUUUGCACAAAUUAGUGUACUUCAAAAGGAACAAUGUUAACGCGAUGCAAGGGUGACCACUCGAUGCACAAUUUUUACCCCUUCCCUUUUUAUAAAAAUGCGGUUUUUUCACAAACUGAAAGGGAACUAUGCCUAAAGCAAUCAAAAGGAGCUACGUUCUGGUUCUCCUCCUGCUAACUAGCAAUGUCGUGAAUAUAUUCCACUAUGCCGAGUGCAAACGUUUUGAUGAUGCCCACGUAACUACCGCUAGCUUUAGGACGGAGGUAAAGCCACACGGAAGCGCAAAACUAAAGCCCCAAUAUUACAACUGCAGUUUUAGUAACGUCCCAAAAAGGGGAAGAAGCGCGCUCUAUGGGACAGGCCACGAGUGGAACAAAAACAAAGUGAAAAGAAAAGUGUAUGCCAUCCAUUUUGAUAGCAGUUUUGCGAAAAGAAGCAAACGGAGUUCUUCCAAAGAGACAGCUGGAGGUGGUCAAAAUGGAGCGAAUACCAAUCGCAUACGGAACGCACAGAACGAGCGAAUCGCGCAAAAUGGAACAGAGGAAGGGGGCCAUAAAAACAGGGAGGUGCCCAAACUGAGAAGGGGGCUUACACAAAGCGGAGGAACCCCCGUCCCGCAAUUCUCCAAACCCCUUUUCAUUAACCUAUCUACCUCAAAAGAGCACACAAACAAACGUAGGAACUUCAAAAAGAAACUACGAAAGUAUGAAGAAUUGUAUGAAAAAUUUACCCCCGAAAUGGAAAAAGAAGAAGAUGGCGAGGAAGAAAUUACAGAAAACUGCCAAAGGAAUAUCUCAAAUGUUACCAUGAACGAUUGGUACUUAGGGAACGACGAAAACAAGUACAAAAAAACUUUAAUGUAUGACUAUUUAUCCAAUAUGCAUAACACGGAAUAUCAAGACAUAGGCAGUGUAAAUAAUUUUAUUAAAAAUAAUGAACUGAUCGAAAGGGACGAGUGGGAAAAAAAAAAAAAACCCUACUUAACAUACACGUAUAAUUUUAUGUACACACAUCCGGUUGAUUUGAAAAGGGACUUUUAUACAUAUAAAUUUUAUAUCCCCAAAUUAGUAACCUACGAAGAAGACAUUUCAACUGAAUCGAAAUUUGUGCCAUCCAAUUUUAACUCCCCAAAGUGUUACAAUAACUCUCCUAUUAACGCCCUAACCACUAGUGGGUUCAGUGCCCGCAAUAUCGACACCUUCGGAAAGGAAAGAAACAAAAUAUAUUCGUUCAACACACCGACGGAUGUUAAAAGGAAUGUAUUUUUUAACGAUUUAAUGCUCAUAUCUUCCUCCUAUAAUCAACACUUUUUUCCCAAUUUGAACUUUCUCCUAAAUUUACACACACUGCAAAUACUCAUACGGGAUAAAACCGCCAUAGAAACGGAUUACCUAAUUAACAAAUUUGACCAGCUGAAAGAGAAGCUAAUACUAAGAGAUGGGAAAAAUUCAAAUGAGGAGGAAAGCUCGCCCAAAGGGAAUACCCCCCCCACAGUUGAUUAUGAAAAGAAGGCUACUAAUCACACUUCUGUGGCAAUCCCCGAAUCUGAGUUACAAAUGAAACGAAGUAGCAGCGCUCAAGAGGGUACCCCCAGUUUGGUGGACCCACGAAAAAGCACCGCCAAUCAACUGGUGAAAAAGCAAAACGACCCAAUGGACGAAGAAAUUUCGAGAAGUCUAACCCACAAGAAAAACCUUUUUGAUGACCAAAUUCAAAUCUUCAAAGAAAAAUAUAACCAAAACAUUUUAGAAGACACAGAAUUUAUUAAUUUGUGGAAGUAUGACGAGAAAGGAGAAAUUAUUGAAAAUUCUAACGGCAUUCCCAUCCCGAAAAUUUACCUAAAUAUUGAUGAUCCGAAAUACUGUAUGUGGAAAAUUUUACAAAAUUCGGGAAAAAGCGCUUUCGGUGAAGUUCCAACGCCCAAUCGAAAAUUGGAAGCCUGGAGGCAACAAGUAAACCUAAAAAAGUUCUACAAACAGAAUUUUGAUAACAGCAUAAGUUUGAGGAAAAUCUCGAAAGAAGAACUAGCCAAUUUUAAGAUGAAAAUCGAUGAGGAAGCGUUCCGCAGUGGGAAAAGUGCUCACCAGGAGGAUCCCCAUGGGAAGGAAGCAGAUGUAGCGGACCUCGAACAGGCAGAAUUUCCCUUAGAUGGAAAACCUUUUGCAAAUCCGGAUAAACAAAUUUGCAGCGAAGCAGACGCGAGUGACCAAAGCAGUGCUGAGAUAAGCAACCCCACCGGUGAUGAUAAGAAGAUAAGAGAUAACCCCCCGAUGGGGAUAAAUUCACACAAAAUAAGUUCACCGAAAAAAUUAAACGAAAACGUCAAUUAUGCCAAUUCUGUUAAAGGCAAAAACGCUUUCUACACUUUAGUCGUCCGGGACGGAAUAGUGGAUGAACACCUGUCCGAUGAUAUAGCCAUCUUGAAAAAAUUAGACAAUGAACUGAAGCAGUCAGAUGCGAAGAAUGUAGGUGAACAGAACCCGCUGGAACCUCCCAGCAGUGUCAACCCGGAAGAACAAACGAAAAAAAGCAAAAUAUUUGUGGGCAGCUUUUUCAACAUCAAAGAUGCAGAAGUGGAGUAUUUAAUUAACAAAGAGUUGUAUUUCAUUCCAGAACAUUCCAAUUGGUACAAAAAAAAUACGCAACCUUUUGUGAGAGGCCAAAUAGGAAAGCAGUCCAGAAAAUUCGACAACGAUUAUCCCAUUUAUGAUUACAGGAAGAGCGACUUUGGCAUGGCCAAAUUUUCUGCCCUAAAUUUAGCCUCAAUAAAAGACUGCGCUGUGAUUUACCUAGAUAAAGACAUCGACCUAAGCGACAAGCUUAUUCACGUCAUAUUCAUCGCGACGUCGAAGAAUGAGGACGAUCAGGCGAGCAGCAAGGAGGCGGACUACUCAGUGUGUGAAAGUUUGCCAGGCGGAGAAUCAGUCCAAGGAACGAAUGAAUCGACCCCAAGAGAGCAACCUAACAAAUACGCCAACGAUGGGGAAGAGACCCACCACGCAUCACACAAAGAUAAAGAAAACACAGAGCCAAUUCAACAAAGCGAAAAAAAAUACACACAAAAGGAACUAACCAAUUGCAUGCACAACCCGGUGACCACCCCCAGACUCGUCAUCUACGUCAAAGGGAAUAGCAAAAUAAACAUCCACGAAUCGCACAUAUCGUUAAGCCAGAAUAACGGAGGACUCGUAAACGCAUUCUCCAGAAUCACCAUGGAAGAAAAAUCAACCGUCAAGCACACCUUAUCUCAAGAAUUAGGUAAAAAUGUGUGGUACUUUCACAACGUUUCAGUAAAAAAUGGAUUCAAGGCAAAUUACAAAUUCGCAGAUGUACUCCUGGGUAGCCUCUCCUCCAGAGUAAAUUUACAAAUUGAAGGUGAAAAGGGAUGUAAACAGGAAAGUUAUGGAUUAUCUUUGCUAGAGGAUAAGCAAAACAUCAGUCAGUAUGAAAUGUUUCACCAUGAACACCCUAAUAUGGAAACAAAUCAGUUGUUCAAAUUUUUAGUAUCUGAUAAAGGGCAUGCCGUUUGGAGGAGCAGAGGCCGAAUUGAACGAGAUGCAAUAAAGGCUAAGUUAAAUACGUUAUGCAGAUCGGUACUACUAAAUUUUGGAGCAAGUGCCGUUGCCAUACCAACUCUGGAAAUUAUUCCAAGUGAUAUUGAAUGCGCAAAUCAUGGAGCAACUAUUAGCGAUUUAGAGGAAGAACCCAUUUUUUCUUUAAUGACAAGAGGAAUAACUGAAAGAGUCGCCAGACAAAUGAUGAUGAAAGCUUUUGUUAAUGAAAUUCUUGAGCACAUACCCGAUGAAAAUCUCAGGGAAAGGGUUCACAAAAAGGUUUUGCAGUUGUCCCUGAAGUAUAGGAAGACCAUUCCGCCAGAUUUGGAGGGACCCAAAAAGUGA